UCGGUUUUCCACUCUCUCUGACUGAAGCCCAGUUGGAAUGGCUCGCAUGGUUUACUGCAGGUCAUUGAUCAUGGAAGCCGUUCAGAGUCCGGCCAGGCACAUGCGCUGCAUCCUCCCAAAAUCUUGAAUGAUAUUUCAAUUUCAGUUCUUGUGAAAGUUACAACUGUUGCAUGUUCUCGUCCAAGGUCGCCAAAGUUUACAAGCCGACUCAGUGCCGUUUGAUGUUACAGGUUGCACAUUCAAGGGCACAUCGGUAGUCAAUUAUGUCCAGUGGCCCUCCCUCCAGCAUCACACAGGCGUCUAUCAGUUCUAACCUGGCGAUUGUUGUCACCUAUCCGCUGACGCCAAGCACCUAAGUCAGUCUGGGGGCAGAGAACCACACUACUUGCCCGAAUUUCAGUUCUUGAAAGUGGCCCGAAAUUGACGAGCUUAGUGUUGAGGAAAAAAAGGAUACAACAGUUUUAGCAGUCAGUUUCACAAGCUACCCAGUUUAAGAUGAUGGAGUAUGCCUACGAUGAAGAUCUGGACGAGCUGUGCCCGGUCUGUGGUGACAAGGUCUCCGGUUAUCACUACGGGCUUCUCACCUGCGAAAGCUGCAAGGGUUUCUUCAAGCGCACAGUUCAAAAUAACAAAAGGUACACGUGUAUAGAAAACCAGACCUGUCCGAUCGACAAAACCCAGAGGAAGAGAUGUCCCUAUUGCCGCUUUCAGAAAUGCCUCAAUGUCGGGAUGAAGUUAGAAGCUGUAAGAGCUGAUCGCAUGCGUGGAGGUCGAAACAAGUUUGGGCCAAUGUACAAGAGGGACAGGGCUCUGAAACAGCAGAAGAAAGCUCUGAUCAGAGCAAAUGGACUUAAGCUAGAAGCCAUGACUCAAGUGAUGCAAACAAUGCCGACAGACCUGACAAUAUCUUCUGCUAUCCAGAACAUCCAUUCAGCUUCAAAAGGCCUACCUCUAAACCAUCCUGCCUUGCCUCCAGCAGACUAUGACCGAAGCCCAUUUGUCACAUCUCCAAUUAGUAUGGCGAUGCCAACUCAUGGCAGUCUGCAAGGCUAUCAGACCUAUAGUCCUUAUCCAAGUCGUACUAUCAAGUCAGAAUAUCCCGACCCUUACACUAGCUCGCCAGAAUCUCUAAUGGGCUACUCUUAUAUGGACACCUAUCCAUCCAGCUCUCCAUCUAGUAUCCCACAUCUUAUAGUGGAACUCUUGAAGUGUGAACCAGAUGAACCGCAAGUGCAGGCGAAGAUCCUGGCCUACCUGCAGCAAGAACAGGCAAGCAGGGGAAAACAUGAAAAGCUCAACACUUUUGGGCUUAUGUGUAAGAUGGCAGAUCAAACCCUGUUCUCUAUUGUUGAAUGGGCCCGAAGCAGUAUAUUCUUCAGAGAACUUAAGGUUGACGACCAAAUGAAACUACUUCAGAACUGCUGGAGUGAGCUUUUAAUCUUGGAUCACAUUUACAGGCAAGUGGCACAUUGGAAAGAAGGCGCAAUCCUCCUUGUUACUGGGCAACAGGUGGAUUUCUCAGUGAUUGCCUCACAGGCCGGGAGCACUCUCAAUAAUCUCAUGAGUCAUGCUCAGGAGCUUGUGGUGAAACUUCGUUCAUUACAGCUCGACCAGCGAGAGUUUGUGUGCCUCAAGUUCCUGGUGCUCUUCAGUCUUGCAGUACCAUCGCUCUUGUCACAGUCUGAGACCAGUGGACAAAUGGAGACUUGUUCAACAGCUAGCGCUAGCACCGGGGUUAGCACAGGACCACCGUCCUUGCCACAGUCAGCAACUAACGUUGAAGAGGCAGAGAGCAUGACUUUAGGAUUCCUGACCACAGAGGCUUCCGAACAACCAAGUCGGGCUGCCAUUAAUGUUAACGUAACCGCUACUGAGGAUCCUUACAGCACUGAUCCUGCUCGCUGGGGAAAGGAAACGUUACAUAAUUCAGUCCGAGCAUACUGGGCUAAGAAAGGGCCGGAGUCCUGCCAGAAUAGGAAUGUGGAUAUCAAAGCUUCAGAACGAGUAUACAAACAGCAAAGACGUUUUUUCUCCAAAUUUCACUUCAAACACAAUGAUGUAAAAAACCUGGAGAACUACCACCUGGUUGAGAGUGUACAGGAACAAGUUAAUGCUGCACUGCUAGACUAUACGAUAUGUAACUAUCCUCAGCAAACGGACAAGUUUGGACAGCUUCUCCUGCGAUUACCUGAAAUUCGGGCCAUCAGCAUGCAGGCCGAAGAAUACCUCUACUACAAGCACCUGAAUGGAGAUGUACCCUGCAACAACCUUCUCAUUGAAAUGCUGCAUGCCAAGCGAGCCUAGACUACAGCCCCGAGGCCUUUGCGUCUUGUGCAGAAAUUCUAAGCUGCACCAAGCAACUGUAAUUUUAAAAGGGAGAAACGAGAAACAUUUUGGUGCACUAAGUGGAAAGGGGACAUUAUAAUGAGAUCUGUUCAUCAUAAGCCAAGUGUUCUAUCAGGGUAUUGCCAUGGAAUCUGAUAACUGUAAAUCCAGAACAACAGCACUGCACAUCCCUCAUCCGCAAAGGAAACCUCUGUGAGGCCUUUCAGGAAGCGCUUACUCAUAUAGAGUUCACUUUGUCAAACCGAUCAAAUAAAUAACUCACACUCACUUCUAAUUUCUUCGGCUAGAUCACUAAUUCUGGGAAAUAUAAAAAAUAAGCUUGUGGUUUGGGCACUAAUGGCAAUACAGUUGGGGGCUCAAGUGCACUAAGAAACCCUGAGAUUUCAAAGCAUGUGGGUUAGGAAGCAAACCUGGUAUUAGUAAUGAGCUGCCAUAAUCUACUUGAUCCCUCCUCCUCCCCAAAGCAAUGUCCCCAGUGAUCGUCGGUGUGGUACCUGAUAGGGGAUCUGAAGGCUUGCCUGUAGAAUGGCUUCUUUCUCCAUUUGUUCACUUAGAUCACAAGAGCCCAUCUAUGUGUGAGGCCUGCAAAGGCUUCAAGGAACCAUCUGUCAAGUAAUUAGUUUGACAACCACCUUAACGUACCCAUUAGGAUUUUUUUGCCAAAGCGUGUACGUUAUUUGAAGACCAAAGCCUGCUGCAGAACAGUAAAAGGAGAGGGAAAAGUGAACUAUAACUUGAUCUGGGAUUUCAAAAGCUCAUCUCACAUUCACAACUCUUAAUACUUAGCAUAGUAGUAUUAAAUUUGUGAUGUCACAGUUAGGUAGAGUAUUGCCUUAUUUCUGUGAAUCUGAAUAUGCGAGAGAAUAUAAUUGAAGUAUUAAUACUGUAAAUUCUGCAAACAAAGGUGUUUACAUUUACUAGCUCCUGUGGGAAAGAACUGUGAUGACAUGAAUUGCAAAGCAAUGAUUUCCUUAAUUAUGUUUGAUUGGUAACUUUUUUACCAGUACUUAAUUUUUAUGUCGUGAGACACUAAAAUCAAAAAGGGAAUCUCACUAAGACUUUAAUUUGAACAGAUAGAUUUUCGGCCACAAUGAUGACUUGUAGAAUUGUAUAAUCGAUUAGAUUUUUUUCAGGAUUGUUGGCUUUGUUAUUGGAAUUGUACGGUUUAUAUUGUACAUCAAUAGUUUAUGCUGUAGAGAAUUAUGUUACUAAUUUAUUUCUCCAUUGUUUCAUCUCUGUGGAAGAGAGCAGGAAUGACAAAGCCAAAUAACUGCAUAUUUGUUCAUUGUAGCACCUUUCAAAAAUUUGCAGCUACAGCCAGUUCAGGGACAAACAUAUAUCUUAAAAAGAAUCAAGCAGUUCAUUUAAAUAUAUAUUAUAUAUAUUGUACGAAUCUGAUAAUAUAAAGAAAAGAUAAAUCUGUUGCAAAUGAUGUGAACUAUGGCUUCAUCUUUAGCUAAGCAGAAAGCUUUAAAGUUGAAAUCUUGCAUUAAAUAAUAAAUUGUCUUGUAAACUAUAUGUUCUAUACCAAAGACUGUAGUUAGCUUAUGUUUUCUGUAUUCCGUGGUCUCACUGCAGUGCAGAAUGUAAAACCGUGAUACUUACUUCAAUGGACAUAAGCACUGAACUAGCUUUAUCUGCUACAUAACAGAGGGGUAGAUUUGUGUCUCCUCGCUGUACUCUUAGCUGCCUGGAAAUCCCUUUACUGAUGUCUUACAGAACAUUGUGAAGCUAAUUCUCUGUUGUGUUGUUUACAAUUAUUUUAGAGAGUAUUAAAUGGGUGUAUUGCACAGAAUUCAAUCAGAACAGUUCUACCUUGGGAUUUCAAGGACUCUGCCAGGCCACCGGGUACCUCUCACACUGCCCAAAACUGUACUUCACUGAAAUAGGCUGUGAUAAAUGAUUUAUCUGGCAAGCCCUGGUAGUAAAUAUAAAAGGAUGCAGAGAACACAAAAUAAUGUUGCUUCUACUGUUUUAUUAUUGUACUACUUUGUGUGAACAGACAUUCUGUCUAGUCAGUACUUUCUAUGUAUUGCUAAUGUUCUGCAGCUGCCUUGGAUUUCAGACCAUUCAACUCCUGCUCAGUGUGCAGAUACUUGGUUCCUAACUUUAAAUGUACUAUAUAAUACGUGGAAUGACGCAUUGUCACGUCACUUCUUGCCAAGAGUUUCUUUACACUGAUGGAAUUUUUCAGUAUUUCAAUAAAUAAUGAUAUGCACGGCAUAUCGUUUGU